AGGCAGAGGAAUAACUGACACACUGAGCAAGACAGAGCAGAGGGAGAGGGAGAAGCCAUCGCUAACUGCUAAUGCUAAUGUAGCUAGCGUGUGCCUACAUUUAAAUUUUAAUUGGGUAAAUAGCCGCUGUAACGUGUAAAACAAUACGUUUUAGCGUUCACUGGACAGAGCUACAGCAGCAAACACUGUACACAGCAGCAGGCAGUAACCGGAAAUGACACAGUAUUUAGUGCACACAAAUUAGUCUACAACAAACAAUGUGUACUACAGAAUUUUCUUUAAUUAAACAAUAGUAUCAAUCAGUGGGGCCUUCCAUAAGGAGAUUACACUGCUGCUGUGGGUGUCUUCUACCCUGAAAAGCUUAAAAGGAGCAGAAACAGAGUUGCGGUUCAGUUACGAUGGGCUCACUAUGUCUCAGCAGACAGCAAGACAGCAGAUGAUUACACAAAUUAACACAAUGUCACAAACUUUGUUACAUAGUUUAUUAGCAUUAUUUUGACUUUGAAAAGGACACGGUCCAUUUGGUAAAAUUGUUGCUGUGAGAAUGAAUUUGUUGAGUCUUACUACAAUAAUUUAUGUUCAUGUGUGCUUGAUCUGUCAGCUUUACAUUGUACCAAACAAGCACAGCUUUAAAACUGGUAAAUUUUAACAACCCUUUGGAUAACAAAAGUAACAUUAUUGUUUCAUGUGAUCAGUUAACGAAACAGAGGAUCAUGAUAAACUCUACACAGUUUUCAUAUUUCACACUUGCUGCCUACUUGGACAGCGGGCUGUUACAAUACUUAUGUUUCCUGUGUGUUCUGUGUAUAUAUUUUUUUGCUGUUUGUGCCAAUCUUUUGCUCAUUGUGAUUAUCUGUAUGAACAGAAGCUUACAUGAACCUAUGUACAUAUUUCUGUGCAGCCUGUUUGUAAAUGAACUGUAUGGUAGUACAGGGUUGUUUCCAAUGCUUCUGGUUCAGAUUCUCUCUGACAUUCACACUGUUCCUGUUCCCUUUUGUUUCCUGCAGAUUUUCUGUGUGUACUCAUAUGCAGGUGUAGAAUUUUUCAACUUAGCUGCGAUGUCUUUUGAUAGAUACCUUGCUAUCUGUUGCCCUUUACAAUAUAACACACAUAUGACAUCUAACAAAGUUUUCAUUAUAAUUGCUCUCAUAUGGUUCCUCAUAUUUCUUGUAAAUUUAGUUGGACUCUUUUUGAUUGUUCCUUUACAGCUGUGUGGGAACAUCAUUAACAAAGUGUACUGUGAUAACCACUCUAUUGUGAAACUGGCCUGCUACGACACCACAGUCAAUACUGUCUACGGACUGUUUGUUAGUGCGUUCUCAGUCUUUGGCCCUCUCAUUUUAAUUCUUUACACUUACAUAAAAAUUCUCAGUGUUUGUUUUUCUGGUUCUAAACAGACCAGACAAAAAGCCGUCAGUACCUGCACUCCUCACCUCGCCUCCCUGCUGAACUUUUCUUUUGGAGUUUGUUUUGAAAUAUUACAGAGCAGAUUUAAUAUGAACAGUGUACCAAAUGUGUUGCGCAUUUUUUUGUCGUUAUACUUUCUAACAUGUCCACCACUCUUCAACCCUGUAAUGUAUGGACUGAAUCUGUCCAAAAUCCGUGUAGCAUGUAAUAGUCUGAUUUCAUAUGUGCGUCAUAACAGUCAUCUAACAGAUUAGUCUGUUGUCUUUUACCAGGCACGCAGUAUUUUAUGUAGAACUGUGCUUUGUGUUAUAAUUUAAAAAAAAAACAUAUUUACUCCUGUUUUGCUUUUUUAAGCACAGAGAAUACUGACUUUAAAACAAUUUUAGAAACAGUUGCCUUCACUAUGUUGUUUUUUAGAUUUGCGUUCAAUAGCAGAAGGAAAUUCAAGAGCCAAUUGUAGUCUGCAAAAAGCAUGUUUAACAUUUUACUGAGACAGAUUUACUCAUUGGAGUGGCAAUACUCAUAAUCACUCAUGUAUAAUUACAGGCAGUUGCUUUGACUUUGGUCCGAAUUUCAUAAUUACAAAUGAUCCAAUUGAUAAAGGUCAAGACAGAGGUCAGAUACCUUUUGUUGAUGUGCUCCAGUCUGAAAACAGAUUUUUGGCAGAAAAAAAUUAUCCUGAGAUGAUGAAAACAAUAAUAAUAAUAAUGAUAAUAUCUAUCUGCUAUCCUGUGUUUUGUAUUGUUCUCUAGUGUGUUUGGUGUUUCUCCUCAGAGUGGUACUGUGAGUUCAGGGUUGAAAACAAAUAAAAGAGGCUGUGGUUGGUCCUUACACAAGUA